UUUGCCGCCAAAGUUGCAACACGAUGGGCCAAGACGACGUGUCCUUCCCGGUGCCGCGCAAGACAGCGUCCUGUGAAUACGAGCAUCAGCGCUUCGUUCUCAAGAAGAAGUCGUUCGACCAGCAGUACUCGCACAUGUACGUCAGUCGUCUACGAGCGCUGGAGCCGCAAGUUCGCGCCAACAUUCCACAGUCGUCCGCACAUGUCCCGAUUUUGCCAAAGAUCAUCGACCUGAGCGCUGGCGAUCAGUGCGUCGUCAUCGGGACCAUUUUCAGGGUUCUCGCAAAGAAACCGAACAUUCUCGAUGAGUUUGUGGUGGACGAGGUACUUGUGUUGCAGGAAGAGUCGACGUGUUUGGCAUCCGACGCCGAUCAACUGCUGCUCGAAGAUGAGAGCGGUCGGGUGGCACUAUUUGGGAACAUUCGAAUGGAAGAGCUAGUGACUGGUGUUGUCGUCGGCCUCCAAGGCGAAAUGCGCGAGGACGGCGAUGGAUUCCAUGUCAUGCACGUGUUCACUCCAACUUUGCCGCCGCAGCUCCCGCUUCCAAAUCGUACCGACGAUGCUUACGUGGCGCUGGUCUCUGGGCUCGAAAUGGGCAGUGACGCGUGCGAUCCAGCCAAGACGUCGCUCCUUGUCGAUUACCUCGCAGGUCGCGUGGGCACUCGCGACGAAAAAAUAUUCGUCUCGUCCAUAGUGCGAUGCAUCGUCGCCGGCAACACAAUCUCGAAACCCGCCAAGGACACUCACACCCUGCCGAAAGCGUCCGUGGCGGCGUUGGCGCAACCCCUCGAGCACAUUGAUGCCCUUCUGUCGACGUUGACGUCCACGAUGCCCGUUGACAUCAUGCCUGGCGCCUUCGAUCCCAGCAAUUUUACUCUGCCACAGCAACCACUCGCCCCGUGUUUGUUUCGCCAAACGAUGCAAACGACGGCGUGCCACAUGCUACCAAAUCCGAUGCAGCUUCAGAUGGACAGCGUGCGCUUCGUGGGCACGUCUGGACAGAAUGUCGACUCGAUUGGGCAGUGCUGCACGGGCCUUUCACCUCUCCAGAGGCUCGAAGCCAUCGUCAAGUGGCGGCACUUGGCUCCAACCGCGCCUGACAUUUUGGCGUGUUACCCCAUGCCACUCGAAGACUUGUUUGUAGUGGACGACAUGCCGCAUGUCCUGUUCGCCGGCAACCAGCCAUCGUUUCAAUCGUCGGUCGUGCAGGGCGAAGGUGGUCAAGUGACUCGCGUGAUUGCCGUCCCGUCCUUUGUCCACACGGGUGUGGUCGUCCUGGUGAACUUGCGGGACUUGUCCGUCGUGCCGUUGACGUUCCAGUGACAUAUUCAAGAAAAACCCACGAUAAGUUGAUUCUUUUCAUGUGGUUAUGCCGUGGCCAAAGCUGGUCGCCCACUCGAAGCCGUGAACUGCAGCUGCUGCACUUAAUAGCACUCGUGCGAAUGCG